UCAGUUUUACACAUAAUGGUGUUGAUUCUCUGUAUUUCUGCAUCUGGAUCUGCACUGCUGCUCUUCUGUCUGAUCUACUGCAGAUCAUCUACUAAAGGUUUGAUUGUGCACAAUUCUAACACUAAUGUUCAUCUGGGAGGUUCAGUGGUUUUGCCCUGUCAUGUUCCUCCAAACUUACUAACUGAAGAUCUGAAGGUGGAAUGGAGAAAAACAACAAAAAACUCAGAUAUUUUAGUUCAUCUGUAUGAAGAUGGUCAGAGUCAAGCAGAGAAACAACAGCAGGAUUAUAAAGAAAGAGCUCAUUUCUUUACUGAUCACAUUAAACAUGGAAACUUCUCCCUCAGUCUGGACAAACUGACAGCUGAAGAUAAAGGACAGUAUACAUGUAGAAUUUACAACAAGAAGGAGUGUGUGUUUUCAGCCAAGGCAAAACUGACUCUGAGUAAGUAA